AUGGCUUCCCCCUCUGUCUCUCUGUCUAGUCCCAUUCAACCUGCAAUUUGUCCCACCGUUUCGACCUCUCGUCAAAUUGUCGCCUGUGUUUCUGAAGGCAACCUGUUUGUCGGUGACGCAGAAGCUGAUAUCUGGAUUCCGCUAACUCAGCUACCUAAAAAUGGUUAG